CAGCUGGACUCCAUCUCCAGGAACAAACAGCUGGAACCCAUCUCUAGUUGGUGGGAAACGGACAGAAUUUUGUAAGAUUCUUCUCCUGGGUACCUGGAAGGUAGUGAUGGCUCCGCAGAAGGCCCAUUCAUUGCUUCUGCUGUUGCUGCUGACCCUUCUGGUGCAGCCCUCCUAUGGCCAGGAUCGCAUGUACCAGCGGUUCCUGCGGCAGCAUGUGGAUCCUGAGGGGACAGGUGGCAAUGAUGGCUACUGCAACUUGAUGAUGCAAAGACGGAAGAUGACUACACACCAAUGCAAGCGCUUCAACACCUUCAUCCAUGAAGCCAUCUGGAACAUUCAUAGUAUCUGCAGCACCACCAAUGUCCAGUGCAAGAAUGGCAAGAUGAACUGCCAUGAGGGUGUAGUGAAGGUCACAGAUUGCCGGGAGACAGGAAGUUCCAGAGCUCCUAACUGCAGAUAUCGGGCCAAAGCCAGCACCAGGCGGGUUGUCAUUGCCUGUGAAGGUAACCCGGAGGUGCCUGUGCACUUUGACAAAUAAACAGAUGCCAUCCUGCAGUGGUUA